AUGAGGCUCCUGGUGGCGCUAUGGGCGGUUCUUGCACACAUCCUGGGCUGCGCCGACGUGCUGCACGCCGGCCACCAGCCGCUGUCGAGGAUCGCCAUCGAGAGGGCGACGGCCGCUCUCGUCGAUUCGGCGAGCAUCAAUGCUCACCCCACGGUUCUUGGCCUUAAGGGUCAGAGCAGUGACUGGGUGGUCGUCGAGUUCUCGCAUCCGAACCCCUCCAACGACGACUGGGUCGGCGUCUUCUCUCCUUCAGGUUUCAGCUCUGAAACCUGCCAGCCUGAAAACUGGAUGGACCAACCACCCUAUUUGUGCACGGCACCGAUAAAGUUCCAGUAUGCAAACUUCACGAAUGAUGCCUAUAAUAAGAGUGGGAAGGGAUCCUUGAGGCUGCAGCUGAUCAACCAGAGAGCGGACUUCGCCUUUGCGCUCUUCUCUGGAGGCUUCUCAGCUCCCAAACUGAUUGCUGUCUCAAACAAUGUGACGUUUACAAAUCCAAAGGCGCCUGUCUACCCUCGGCUGGCGCAAGGGAAGUCUUGGAAUGAAAUGACGGUCACCUGGACAAGUGGAUACAGCAUCAAGGAAGCAGUGCCUUUUGUGGAAUGGGGCCCUAAAGGCAGAGAUCGAACUCUUUCUCCUGCUGGAACAUUGACAUUUGGAAGGAACAGCAUGUGUGGUUCACCAGCACGGACAGUCGGAUGGCGCGAUCCAGGUUAUAUUCAUACAAGUUUCCUGAAGGAGUUGUGGCCCGAUGCCUUGUACACUUACAGGCUUGGUCACAGGCUGUCAGAUGGUACUCACAUCUGGAGCAAGUCUUACAGCUUCCGUGCAUCACCUUUUCCAGGGCAAGAAUCUUUGCAACGUGUUGUAAUCUUUGGGGACAUGGGAAAGGCAGAAAUAGAUGGCUCGGAUGAGUACGGUAACUACGAGCAAGCUUCUCUGAAUACAACCAAACAGAUCAUUAAGGAUCUGGAGAACAUUGACAUGGUCAUCCACAUUGGAGAUCUUUCAUAUGCUAAUGGAUAUUUGUCGCAGUGGGAUCAGUUCACAGAGCAGAUAGAACCGAUUGCUUCAACUGUGCCUUACAUGAUUGGCAUUGGUAAUCAUGAGAGAGAUUGGCCUGACACCGGAUCGUUCUAUGGAUACAAUGAUUCCGGUGGCGAAUGUGGUGUUCCUACUCAGACUAUGUUCUAUGUCCCUGCCGAGAACCGGGCGAAAUCCUGGUACUCGACAGAUUAUGGCAUGUUCAGAUUCUGCAUAGCUAACACUGAAGAGGACUGGAGGCCAGGAACCGAUCAAUAUAAGUUCAUCGAGCAUUGCUUGUCGUCAGUCGACAGGCAGAAGCAACCAUGGCUCAUCUUCCUCGCACACCGGGUUCUUGGGUACUCAUCAGGUGGCUGGUAUGAGAUCAUGAUGGGUUCAUAUGGGGAGCCGAUGGGCCGAGAAGGGCUCCAAGAUCUUUGGCAGAAGUACAAGGUCGAUUUAGCGGUUUUCGGUCACAUUCACAGCUAUGAGCGCACCUGCCCCAUCUAUCAGAACCGAUGUGUCCAGGAUGGAUCUAACCACUAUAGCGGGCGAUUCAACGCGACAAUCCAUGUCACUGUUGGUGGCGGUGGGGCGAGCCUCUCUACAUUCAGAAACAAUGUGCCAUAUUGGAGCUUCUUCAGGGACUCUGACUUUGGGUUCGGCAAGCUCACAGCCAUCAACAACUCGUUCCUAUUGUUUGAGUACAAGAAGAGCCUUGAUGGCAAUGUGUAUGAUCAUUUCACAAUCUCGCGCGACUACCGUGACAUUAUGGCCUGCUCCAUCGACAAUUGCCCCCGUAGCACAUUAGCCGUUUGA